CAUUAACCCUUUCAGUCUUGCGGGAUAAUUUUUGCUUGGAAGAAAAAGCUGUGGAACCACUUCAGAAAAUAGAUUUGGGGAGCUCGCAAUUACCAAAAUUUGCAAAUGUGGGGUUUUGUUUGCUUUAAAAUAGUUAGGAUUACAAGGGUUGUUUGUACCACUUUCAUAAACCCUCCAUAGUCGAGGCAGUCAGUACUUGAGUGUAGAAGAUAGCGGUUCAGUUCAACAAAACACCACCACCACUGUUGCCGGCUAAGAAAGAUGAGCUCCUCCGUUCAAACUCCACCCUGGUUCACCACGGACUUCGUUCACUCGAUAAUUCGCAAUCAUGAAUCAGACCCCACGAUCACAAUAACCCAACCGGGCAUCCUCGAACCGGGAACCAAAGCUGGAGACAGCUUCUCCGGUGCUCUGCACCGCACCAAAGUUCACUACCGUUCCGAUCGUCAUCCGAAUCAGGAACUCAGCACCAGCUGGAUGCUCAAGUCCGAAUCCAGCGAUGCCCUGAACACCGCUCCAGCCCUGUUCAACACGGAACAUCGCAUGUACACGGAGGUUCUGCCCGCUAUGCAGCGGGAGUUGGCAGGAAUUGGUGAACGUCUGAGUGUUCCAGGGUUGAUUUACGGUUCCGAAAGUCCUCGAUUGAUUGUGAUGGAGGACUUGUCCUACGCAGGGUGGACCAGAAUGGAUGAGAUUUGUAGGUUUGAGGAUGCUUUACCGACGAUUAGGAUGAUUUCCAUGUUUCAUGCGGCAUCGUUUGCACUGAAUAAGAAGGGCAUGACACUCUCCAACUUCGCCAACCGCACCUCGGACAGCUUGCUGUCGAUGUUCCGUCCAAUGUUCAGCUCCUACAUCGACACCAUCUGCAGUUGGGACGACUUCAAAGAAAUUCGACCUCGGCUUCAGGAGUUCAAAGCUUCUUUCGCGGAUCAAUACAAACAAGUGUACACUGCAAAUCCCGGUCCCGAAGGGUACAACGUUCUGAACCAUGGUGAUUUCCAUGGCAAGAACCUGCUUCACUUACUGGACGACCAGCGCAGAGUGGUCAAAACGGCUGCCCUGGACUACCAGGUUUGCAGCUGGGGAUCCCCAGCCAUUGACUUGAUUUACUUCCUAUACCUGGUAGUUCAUCGAGACGUCCUAGACAACCACCGCGAUCAACUGCUGGAAGGGUAUCAUCGACACUUUGUCGACUGUUUGACCCGAUUGAAUUUCCAAGGCUGGGUCCCAACCCACGAAGAUCUCCAAGCCGAGCUGAACCGGAACGUUUUCUUCGAACUGUUCAACGACGCCGUCGGUGCGCCGUUCCGCACCGUCGACUUUGGCGCAGUGUCCCUGGAGGACUUUCUGGCCGGGCGCGUCCCGAACGUGGGGCUUAGCAACGCUGGCUACCGCCGAAAUGUUCGCGCCAACCUGACCCGGUUGGUCGCACGCGUGGCUUUUAAUGUUGCGAAAUAAAUUUCCCCCUCAGCCGACAGCUUACAAAGGAU